AUGGCACUCGAGCGGCCGCGUACGGCGCCAAGAAUCGAAUAUGAAGACAUCUUUACAGUCUUGAUCGGCGACCAUGAGAGAGCCUUCGCUAUCCAUGACAGCGUUGUAACCAAGAAGUCAGAGUUCUUCCGUGCAGCAUGCAAUGGGAAAUUCAAAGCUGCCAAGGAGAAGACCAUCCGGCUACCAGAAGCAGAAAUCGAAUCCUUCAGAUCCUACAUCCAGUGGUGCUAUAACGACACCAUUUCUAUCGGGCCAGCUACCUCGGGAUCGGAUGAGUCACUCAACAUCACUCGAGGUGCAGAAGAACAGCGUGCAUUGUCCAGACUUUACCGCUUAGCCAGUCUAUUCCUCGACACUACCCUACAGAACAAGGUCAUCGACACUUUACGAGCCUCCAUCCGAUACCACAAGCAAGGCCCAGGCGUGGACUUGGUCGCCUACGCCUACAACAAUCUACAGCCUGGCUGCACGAUGCAGCGUCUGGUGCUUGCGUGGUAUGUUUACCGGCAGGACAGCGUGGCGGAGUAUUUGGGACGGCAUCGGGAGGCUUUUCCGGAGAGAUUCUGGUCGGAUCUUGUUCUGACCACGGCGAAGGCGAGAGGGAUGGGAGAGGAUUGA